AUGUACGUCCAAAACGAUGACAACUUCGAUAUGGGCUCGGAGAGCUCGUGCUCAUCGCUGCACGAGAUCCCAAUGGAAAUGGACCUCACUGCUUCUGGACCACCAAUUUCAGACGAUGAAACUGAUCUGGAAACAAGAGAAAGAAAAUACAUAACGAAUUCCCUCUAUUAUAUGACUAAUAUGUUUCAUAAACAGUAUGCAAAACGGAUACUACCUCAUGUUGGAUUAGUAUGCUUAUUGUUUGCCUACCUCCUUGUCGGUGCCACAAUUUUUCAUGCUAUUGAAGGACCAAAUGAGCUUGUGCAACGAGACUAUGAACUACGAACAAUCUUCGGACUUAGGAACGAUUUUCAGGAUCAUAUCUGGAAUAUAACUCAGGAUGUUGAUAACCGAAUUUCUCGUGAAGCAUUCAAUUCAAUAAAUCAAGAAUAUUUUGAACAACUGGUGAAGAAUAUAUUUGUAUCAUAUCGGAAUCAAUUUAUUAACGAAAAUCAUCUCAUGAAUAGAACUAGAGGAGAAGGAUUAUUGUGGACUUAUCCUAACAGUAUUUUCUUCGCCACUACUGUCAUUACAACGAUCGGAUAUGGGAACUUAGUGCCCACUACAACUUCCGGAAGAAUUGCUUGUAUAAUUUUUGCGUUAUUUGGAAUCCCACUACUACUGGUUACCAUUGCCGAUAUUGGAAAGUUCUUAUCUGAAUUUCUCUCAUUUCUUUAUAAAUCGUAUCGAUCGUUUAAACGAAAAUUGAUCGCGAGGCGAAGAAACAGCAUAUCGGAAGCGAUCCGUAAACAAUCACGUCGUAUUUCUCUUCAUUAUCGCUCAUCAUCACAUUCACAUACGAGUGAAACAGGCUCAUCAAAGGCUGGCUCAUUAAAUUUACAAGAAAUGGACAGUGAUUCCGAAUCCUCAAUGGAAGAUGAACUAAGGAUUCCCGUAUUUAUGGUGUUAUUCGUGUUACUGGCCUAUACAGCUAUUGGCGGUUUUCUUUUUCAGUCAUGGGAAGGAUUACAGUACUUCGAAGCAUUUUAUUUUUGUUUCAUUACAAUGGCUACAGUAGGAUUUGGUGAUAUCGUUCCUACUGAACAAGUGUAUAUGUUCUUCACAAUGGCGUACAUAAUUUUUGGACUAUCCUUGGCAACAAUGUGUAUCGACUUAGCGGGUACAGAGUACAUUCGAAAAAUUCAUUAUCUUGGAAGCAAAAUGGAAGAUGCAAAAGGAGCUGUAAUUUCAGGAUUACAAGUUGGUGAACAUAUCUUAAAACAUACUGGUAUUGAAGUGAUUAAAACAGCCGGUGGAAAAUUAGUACAAGUUCGAGGGGCGGUAUUAAAUUCGAAGCAAGCACGAGAACUUGGAGUAGAGUAUAUUUUGGCUGAUCUACAAUAUCAACAAAAAAAUAUCCUCUACGAGCCGUUAAGUCCAACUGUUGCGAAGUUGGUUAAGGAGAGCAACAUAAAGAUUUUACCGGAUGAUAUAACCGAGAAGGAUGGAUACAUCGUUCAGAACAAAAGUUAUGAUAAGCCAGCCUUAGCCAAAAAAGGAUACGUUCGUGUCAGUGGAAAUAUUAUUCAUCGGAUUAUGGUGCCUAGUAAGGGUGGACCACCGCUCAUCAUACCAUGUCUUGUAUACAAAGAAACGGAUAUUUGA